AUGUUCGCCCGUCUCACCCAGCUGUCCCGGCAUUUCCCCUCCGCCCAGACUAUCACGCAAGCCGUUAAGCCGGCCUUCCCGAUUUCCGGCGUCGCCCGCGCCAGAAUCAUGGUCUCGGCCGACGAGCGAAACACCCGCACCAUCCACACGGCGGCGUGUUUGAUCAUUGGAGAUGAGGUUCUCGGCGGAAAGACCAACUCAGCGUACAUGGCCAAGUGGUGCUUCUCCUUGGGCAUCAACUUGAAGAGAGUUGAGGUCAUCGAGGACGAUGAGAGCGAAAUCAUCGAAGCCGUCAGGCGUAUGAGUGAUCGUUAUGACUUCGUAGUUACUAGGCACGACGACAUCACCUAUCAGUCAAUAGCCAAGGCUUUCGACCUGCCCUUGGUUCUCAACCAAGACGCCUUCUCGCGCAUGAAGAGGCUCUCAAAGCCGCACCCGAACCAGCCGCAUUUCGACUGGGACGUCGACUCCCCGGCGCUGCAGGCUAAGCUCCGCAUGGUUAUCCUCCCCACCGACGAGAAGCGCGACCCUAGCAAGCAGUUCCUCUUCCCCCACGAAGAUCUCUGGGUCCCGGUCAACGUCGUCAACGGCAACAUCCACAUCUUGCCCGGUGUUCCGCGUCUUUUCGAAAAGCUCCUGGACGGGCUUAAGCCCAGCAUCGUACCCCGGCUCACCGAUCCUGAGGGCAAGGGCCUUUGCCGUGUACUCAUCUCCACGCCGCUCCCGGAAAGCGCUGUCGCUGGUUAUUUGACACAACUCGCGGCCAAGGUGGAGCCCAAGGGCGUCAAGGUCGGCAGCUACCCUCGGUGGGAGCAGAACGGCACGGUCACGCUGGUAGGACGGGACCAAGCUUACAUCGAGAGCAUCGUGGAUGAGGUCGUUGAAGGCGUUCAGGGUAAACGCGUGUAUGCGGAGGGCGAGGAUGACGAUAUAGCCAAGGCGUGA